AUGACACACAACCAAGGCGCUGCUGGCAGCGAGCUGGACUUUAAAGUGCUUUUUGCGACUUCUGAAGAGCCAGGUUAUAAGGCAGAACGGCUUCUAGAGCACAAUGUACUAGGGUCAGGUUGGCGCUCUCUGCGGAGGUGCUCCUAUCCUCAGAGCAUUGCAAUCUCACUCGGUCAGGUUUAUAAGAUUCAGGCUGUUCAAUUUACAACGCACGAGUUCUUGGUUCCUUCGUUUGUGGAGCUUCUCCUAUAUAACCCUCAACAGCAGGCGUGGGAGACCAUUGGCAAGGUGCAGAUGGGGAAGGAUGGGCGGCCGACAGCCGGGCGUGAACGAAAGACAGUCAAGAUAGACAUAAAAACAAAUGCUCUACGAUUCAUUCUCCAUCAACCCUUACCUCAUCAGAAUAAUAAUUACAAUCAAGUGAGCAUCGCUGCCAUUACCGUGCUUGGAAACCCAGCUCCCACAGAUAUCCGUCCCACAACACCGCAAAUCGGUCAUCCCAUUGUCUCUCGUAGCAAGCGAGGAACGACUAAGCCCUUGUCAGGACCUUCACAGGACAAUUCAAGACAAUCGAGUAAUGGAUCUUCUUACGCUGGUGCAGCCAAGGCACAGGCCCAGAUGGCUCCCACUCCGGGCGUCUUGCCGCAAAUACUCAAUCCACCGGAUAGUGGCGACUCUCAGGCCAGCAGAGGGCAUUCAUAUUUAGAGAAGGGAGAAGAGCUCCGGACGGAGAUAAUGAUUAACAAAACUAAGGCUGCAGCUGCAGAAGACUUUCUACUGGCAGACAGAUAUAAGAUAGCCUAUGACGCGCUAGGCUCCCUACUUGUGGACUACGCAUCUCUGGAUGAGCGGAAGGCUGCUGCUAUUGCUGCUGAAAAUUACAAAGGUGCACACGAGAUCAAGACAACGAUGAAAGAAGUGGAAAACAUCCUUCAGCUACCGUUAGAAAAGCUUGUGAGGAUGCUCAACGGAGAGCCAGAGCCGCCGUCCCCCAAGGUAGCACCACCAACCUCUCUAAAUAAAGGAUCGAAACCUAAGCAUCAAGUAAGUUAUCAAACUCUAGAGCCAAUGGGAGAGAACGCCGACGAAAACGAAGACGAUCUCACGACCAAUGAUAUCGGAGGAGCUCCCCCAGAUGCAGCUUCCAAGCAGGCUCGCGCUAACAGCAGGCCACGCUCAAGGAUGAAGGCGUCUGGAGUGAGCGACACUGAGGAUCUCUCUAGAGCAGUGCCUACCAUAUCAAAUAAGGAUAUUAUUAACGAAAAUGGCGAGCGAAUGCUCCAUAAUAACAAUAAUGGUUAUCAGCAAUUCUUCCUUACCGAGGAAGAGAAGCGAGAGCUUGAACAGGAGAGGAAGGAGAACUACAUGCGCCGACGAGGAACGAACCUUGCUGCGAGCAUGAUGACAAAGACGCGGACGUUGACAGGCAACUCUACUGGGGCUGGAGGGAGCGAGGAGCUCGGUGCAUCCACUCGUAUGCGUCAAGGGGUUACCAAGUCCCAAGUUACCAAGUCGCAGUUGGCCAAAACUGGAACAAUGCAACAGUUUUCUUUCGAUGAUGAACUUAAUAAUAUAACCAGUAACAGAGACAAAGAGACUGCACCACCUGAAUUACCAGGGAGUGUCAUGAGGGGGAACAACGCAACUAAGCUGAAGGAUGCUGGGUUCAAUGAGAUGUACAUUAGACUUGCUUACUCUUCAAAUAAGGGAAACGUCAUAGAUGCCAUAAAUUUAAUGAUACGCGCUCUCGUUCACGAUCCUGUCGCAUUCUAUCCUGCAGGCAUUUCUCUAAUAACAAUCAUUUCCGAGUCUACCAAUACAGCACUGAUAGGCUUGAUAGGCAACCUCUUCUGCCAUGUCUAUCUGGCCAUAAUGAGAAAAUACAGAGGAGCACCCAAUGGUGGAGAGCUUGUGGGUACCGUUACACAGACGAAGAACACUGUGGUAGACGCUGGGGAUAUGACCUUGACAUUUCUAGAUGUCACGGCACAGCUCACUCUGCAGAAGGAGAAUGCUGUGACAUAUGCUGAGUUGAAGUGCACAUCUGAACGGACUGUGGAAAAAGCUAUCGGCCAAAACAUGUCCAACUUACACAAUGAUGUGCUUCUACUGCUGGCACCUAUCAUCCACAAGCUCUCAGACAGUCAGCGGAGGACAAAAAUCAAUUCCAUUAACAUGUUGGCCACUGCCUCAACGUUCCCCUUCUUUCCCACAUUCAACUUUGUGAACGCCAUUAUCUCCAGGCGAUCCAUAGAAAAGGCCUCUGGACUGGCUCAGAAUGAGCUGUCCUUUCAAAACCAAAAGCUCAUAUAUCUAGUAGAGACCCGCAGCUGGGCGACUGCAAUAUUAAUAACAGGAAAUCAGAGGCUUAUGACAAAAGAUACCAUUCCUGUACUGCGAGCAUAUAUAGAGUGGAUUAUUCCUCACGCUACUAAGCAAGAACAGAAAAAGCCUGCGACAGACAUCCUUAUCGCCAUGUAUGGUAGCUUAUUGUCUGACAUGAUUGGAAUCACAAACGCCGUCGAAUGUGCGAACAAGGCAUGCACGACAGAAGCCAUUCUCAAAACCAUCUACAAGGCAAUGGUAGAGUGUGAUAAAAAGCUAAGCAUCAAGCCGCCACGGGUAAAGCUUCUCCCUCCCUCAGCUGACGCACCUGCAGGCAAGCUGGUAAUAAACAUGAAGCCGUCGCUAUCAAGUCGUCCAUCAUCUCCCGAUUAUAAGCGAGACACUGCAGCUGGUCACGAGGGAUACAGUGCACAUAGUAUGGAUGGUAUAGAUAACGCCCGUGCUCAACAAUAUCAGCACCAAAGCGGAGGCAAUCAGCAAGAGCUUACUGCAGUCGCAGAAACUGUUGCUGACGACGAUGACCCCCAGUACGGAGAUUUUCCCCCUGGGGUGUGUCAGUUUUGUUUAGAGGAAUGCGGACAACAGGAGGACAUGGCCCUCAAUAUGUACCGGCACCUGCUCAUCAAGUGCCCGUGCUGUUGUGCUUGUCCAGCGUGUGAAGCCAUAAUAGAGAUACCAUGUCUGCCUGAGCACAUGAUUUACGAGUGCACGCACAAGGGCAAGCUGCAGUACUCGUUAGACUUAUGUAAGAAUUGCAGAUGUAUCAUAGAAUCGAAGUACAUGGCAAGUCACAUGGUGACAUGCAAAACUAUACUGGGAGAGGAGGAAACGAUAUGUCCACUUUGCGGAGAGCUCCUUCCCAAUAGCGAAGCUGCGCUCACCCAUUAUAGCGACGGAGAGGGAUGCCCUGGCAAUCCUCGAACUGCUGCUAAUUUACGUACCGUGGUCUCGAACAAGGUGAACUCCAUUAGGCGCGGCCCGCAGUAA